AGUGAACUGACGAAGAAGAAGCAGGAAGUAGUUUCAGCUUCUCAGCUGGUUUCCUGUUCAGACAGGAAACCAUAGGUCUGCGUUCGCUGUGACACCUGAUUGGCUCUUAGGAAACGUCAUCUUCGCCUGUCACUCGACUUCCUGACAGGAAGUCCUUCACCAGCCCGUUGACAGAGUGAGACACGACGACCAACCGGCCCCGACGUCUCCUCAGCGUCCGACUCGGAGCUGAAGUGUGUCGUGAGGGUCGUUGUACGUCUGUGAUGCAGCACAGACCAGCUGUCUGUCGUCCUCCACCUGCUCGCCGCUGCUGCUGUGAGCUGGUCCAUGAGAGGAAGUGGUGCCCCCCCUGAGGGCGGCGGGGCUCCGGUCCUCGGUCCCCGUCAGGCCUCGUACCGCUGGCACCGGUACAGGAAGCCUCGGGGGAGAUCCGACCCCCAGCCGGCUCCCGAACAGCUAUUGGACAGAUACAAGAAGAGAACAUCUGGUCGGCCGGCGCCGAGGGCGACCGACACGUCCCCUCCAGAGGUCGAAGGGCUCAGCGCCGCCCCAAGCGACCGGAGCGGUGACCGAUCCCACGACGGCCCGGCGAGGCCCGGCCCCCUGCGCAGGAUCCUCCCCUACCUCCGGUCCGUGUCUGAGCCCGGCACCACCACUGGUCCGGAGAGGACGGCGCUCAGGAAGGCGGGAUCGGACGGCGACCGACGAAGAGCUCCCGCCCUCAGCAGCUUCAUCCGCUCGCUGUCCCGGAGGAUCGGCAGAGUCGUCGGGGCGGAACCUGAACCUGACGGAGCGGAGUCCGACGUGAAGGGUCCGCCCGCCCACCGGUUCUCCUGCGGUCAGAGUCCGUACAGCGACAGCGCCGCCUGGGAGAGGAAGUUCUGCAUCCUGACCGACAGCCAGCUGGUCCUGCUCACAAAGGACGAUGAGGCUGCAGGCGAGGCUCAGGACAGCCCGUCAGACUCAGCAAAGGGUCGAAGUCUCCGCAGGACGGUCAGCGUCCCAUCAGAGGGACAAUUCCCAGAGUUCCAGGUAGAGGGCGCCAACAUGCUCGAAGUGUCUUCGGAGCGAUCCCCGAGGAGGAGGAGCAUCUCCGGCCUCGGGAGUUCGGAGAAGAGUGUCGCCGUCGACAGUCCAAACUCGUCGCCUUUCAAAGUGCCGGGGUUCUUCAGUAAACGUCUGAAAGGUUCCAUCAAGAGGACGAAGAGUCAGACCAAACUGGACCGAAACACCAGCUUCAGACUCCCCUCGCUCCGACCGGCCGAACCCGACAGGUCUCGCGGGCUUCCCAAGCUGAAGGAGUCGUCGUCCCACGAGUCCCUGCUGAGUCCGGGCAGCGCAGUGGAGGCUCUGGACCUGAGCAUGGAGGAGGACGUGCUGGUCAAACCUCUGCACUGCAGCGUCCUGGGACAGGAGUUCUGCUUCGAGGUGACGUACUCCGGAGGCAGUAAGUGUUUCAGCUGCACUUCGGCCUCAGAACGAGACAAGUGGAUGGAAAACCUGCGGAGGACGAUUCAGCCCAACAAGGACAACUGUCGCCGGGCGGACAACCUGCUGCGGCUGUGGAUCAUCGAGGCCAAAGACCUGCCGCCCAAGAAGAAGUACUUCUGCGAGCUGUGUCUGGACGACGUCCUGUACGCCCGCACCACCAGCAAGACCCGGCACGACGGCCUGUUCUGGGGCGAGUACUUCGACUUCUCCGGCCUGCCGGCCGUGCACAGCGUCACCGUGCACGUGUACCGCGACGUGGACAAGAAGAAGAAGAAGGACAAGAACAACUACGUGGGCCUGGUCAACAUCCCGGUGUCGGGCGUGACGGGCCGGCAGUUUGUGGAGAAGUGGUACCCGGUCAGCACGCCCACCACCAGCAAGGCCAAGGGGGGCGGGCCGUCGAUCCGCAUCAAGUCCCGCUACCAGACCAUCUCCAUCCUGCCCAUGGAGCAGUACAAGGAGUUCGCCGAGUUCGUCACCAACAACUACACCAUGUUGUGCUCGGUGCUGGAGCCCGUCAUCAGCGUGAAGAACAAGGAGGAGAUGGCCUGCGCCCUGGUCCACAUCCUGCAGAGCACCGGCAGGGCCAAGGACUUCCUGACGGACCUGGUGAUGUCAGAGGUGGAUCGAUGUGCCGACCACGACGUCCUGAUCUUCAGGGAGAACACGUUGGCCACCAAGGCCAUCGAGGAGUAUCUGAAGCUGGUGGGACAGAAGUACCUGCACGACGCGCUCGGCGAGUUCAUCAAAGCUCUGUACGAGUCGGACGAGAACUGCGAGGUGGAUCCGAGCCGCUGCUCCGGCGGCGAUCUGUCCGAGCACCAGAGCAACCUGAAGAUGUGCUGCGAGCUGGCGUUCUGCAAGAUCAUCAACUCGUACUGCGUGUUUCCUCGGGAGCUGAAGGAAGUGUUCGCCUCGUGGAAGCAGCAGUGCGUCGCCCGUGGACACCAGCCGGACAUCAGCAAGCGUCUGAUCAGCGCCUCGCUCUUCCUGCGCUUCCUCUGCCCCGCCAUCAUGUCGCCGUCGCUCUUCAGCCUGAUGCAGGAGUACCCCGACGACCGCACGUCCCGCACGCUCACGCUCAUCGCCAAGGUCAUCCAGAACCUCGCCAACUUCACCAAGUUCGGGAACAAGGAGGAGUACAUGGCCUUCAUGAACGACUUCCUGGAGCACGAGUGGGCGGGGAUGAUGCGCUUCCUGUCGGAGAUCUCCAACCCCGAGACGCUGACCAACACGCCAGGCUUCGAGGGCUACAUCGACCUGGGCCGCGAGCUGUCGGUGCUGCACGCCCUGCUGUGGGAGGUGGUGUCGCAGCUCGACAAGGGUGAAAAUUCCUUCCUGCAGGCCACUGUAGCGAAGCUGGGCCCGCUGCCGAGGAUUCUGGGAGACAUCUCCCGCUGCCUGGUCGCUCCGACGCCAGUGCAGCAGCAGCUGCGGCGUUUCCAGGACCACGGCUCCGCCCACAACAUGAGCGGCAGCCUGUCAUCAGGGUUACAGAGAAUCUUUGAGGAUCCGGUCGACAGUGAUGUUCGCAGCCUACACUCUCCGAGCGCUGAGCGGAUGGAGGGUCAAGUUCGGGGUCAGCGCCCCCUGCUGGCUCCGGAGGAGAGAGACGACCUGCUGCCCAACGGACGCAGCGUCUCGCUAGUCGACCUGCAGGAUGUCCAGAACCUGCCCGGCGCUGCCCCGGCGCACCACGAGGCCCCGCCCCGCCUCAGCAGGGCGGGCUCCCAGGCCUCCGUCGGACACGCCCCGCCCCUGCUUGUCCACCCUCACUCUAACCCCCUGACCCCCCAGCCGGCGUCGCACCAGAUCAGGGCGGCGGCCCGGGACGCUCAGCCGCAGAGCGCGCCGCAGGUGAGGCGGCCUCUGCACCCGUCCGUCAGCGUACAGCGCAGCCUUCAGCCGCUGUCCUUCCAGAACCCCGUGUACCACCUAAGUAACCAAGCCCACAGCCUGUCCACACGCUCCGCCCACUCGCUGCGGCAGGACUCCAGCUCGGAGAACCUGAGCACGGAGAGUUCCCACAACAGCCACAGCAACUCGGACGACUACGGCAGCCAGGUGGGGGUCAAAGGUCGGGUGGCGUCCAACAGCAGCCUGGACGAGCUGGGCAGCAGGCGGAGCAUGCAGAGCGAGGAGUGCUCCACGGCGCGCCGCCACGGCCCGCCCGACCUCCCACCGGGCACCGCCACGGCAGUCGCCAUCCCCCGACAGAGCACGACGGCGGGCACUGCCCACAUCGUCAAGGUGGAGCAGCAGAGCAGAGGAGGGGGCGGAGCCAGGACGCCACUCUCCCUCACGCACAGCACCUCGCUGCGCAGCAGCAGCAGCAGCGCCAACACCGAGCCAACGCCCACUGCCGGCCUCAUCACCCGCCAGCAGCCGUCGACCUGCUCCGCGGAGAACAUGGCUCCUCCCCCGAGGGGCGUCACCAAACAGCCACAGCAGGGGGCUUCUCCGGCGGACGCCGUGGUGGUCGCGAUGUCUCCGGUGGAGAGGACGGCGGCCUGGGUCCUCAACAAUGGCCAGUACGACGAGGAAGGGGAGGAGUCAGGAGGAGGAGAGAGGAGCCGAGAGGAAGGGAGGAACGCAGAGAAGUACGAGCAGGAGAUCUCCCGUCUGAAGGAGCGCUUGCGGGGGUCGGCGCGGCGCCUGGAGGAGUACGAGCGGCGGCUGCAGACGCAGGAGCAUCAGAUGCAGAAGCUGCUGCUCGAGUAUAAGAAGCGUCUGGAGGAGAGUGAGGAGCGACUGAGGAGGCAGCAGGAGGAGAAGGACGCACAGAUGAAGAGCAUCAUCUGCAGACUCAUGGCGGUGGAGGACGAGUUGAGACGUGACCACGCCGAGAUGGCGUCUGUGAUCGAGGCCAAACAGAAAAUCAUCGACGCUCAGGUCAGUAACGGAUGUGAAAUAAACCAAACAGGCAAGUGACUGUGGCCCCGCCCCCUCCCCCACCAUGCACCUGUCACGGUGAUGGACUCUGUCGACACAGGAUGUAACCUAAUCAACAUGAUGUCAUCAGAUUAUCUGAUGACAUCAUGUUGAUCUGGACAGAAACACGUGACCUUUGAACCUUUGUUUCCUAAAACGACCGUCUGCUGUGAUUGGCUCUGAGCUCGUCUGGUUUCUGUUUGGCUGCUGCCCCCCCCCCCCCGACCACCACAGCCUGUCUUUAAAAAUAAAACGAUGCAACGGCGUCGAGUCACAGGUGAAUCUCACUUCCUGCUUCAGUCUCACUUCUUUUAUUUAGUUGGUUUGAUGUUUGCCGCCCGCACACUUCCUGUUUCCUGUUUCCUGUUUCUCAGCUGUCGGCUCAAAACCACACAAAACAGAUUAAAUCGAAAUAAAUAUAACCAUUAAUUUAAAUUCGUAUGUAACUUUAUCCAGUCAAGUAAAUGUUUUUAUCCAUUAAAUAAACCUCCAUAAAUUAACUUUCACUAAAUCUGAUUUCAAUCAAAAUUAAACUUUUUCCAUUUAGUCUGAGAUUUUUUUAAAUUACAUUUUAAAUGAUUAAAUAAUGGAUCAAUACUUUAUUUAUCAUCACUUAAUUUAAAAGUAAGACGACUUUCAAAAUAAAAUAAAAGUUUAACUGUUAAAUUUUAAAUCAUUAUGAAUUUGAAUCUAAACCUUUAUUCCUUAAAUUGACUCGAACAAACGAACUGUGACCCGAAGAAGAAACGCCGACGUCGGAAUAAUCCAGGGAUUAUGUAUUUUAUUGAUUGUGAUGUUGUGGUUUUAACCCGACGGUCGUAUCGUCAUCAGCCCUCCUCUUAUUCUGAUAACUGUCAGUCUGACUUCCUGUCCCGCCUCCCUCUCGUAUCC